GCUGAACUGUCCGCAGAGUCUCUACACAGGUCACAGAUUAUCACCAAGGCUGUUUAAGAUGUCUACUGAGAAGAACCCAGAGGUGGUCGGCUGUGAUGCCUCCAUCAUGAAGAAUGUCUGGGAGAUCAGAGUGCGAGAAUAUGGACAGAAGAGCCACCUGGAACUACAACGGGUAGAGAGUAGUGCUCUGCCACGCAUUAACCAGGACUGGGCAAAUCGUAUAAAUACCGGACAGGGAAGAUACAAAAGAGUGGCAAGCAAACCAAAACCAGUUGAGACACAGACAGACAACAAUGCUUGGAAGAGAAAGCAAUCCCAGAUUCCUCGUAAUCUUCCCAGUAGUGCAGGUUUGGGUGCCCAGAGCAGACCAGGAAGCCAGAGUAAAGGUUUUUCCACUCCAGUCAGCAAGUACAAGGACAGAAAGGGCCAGGACAAGACUUUCAACAGGCUGCAGUUACUCAUGAUGAUCACCAAAACUCAACCUUCUGCCAUGGUGUGGGGGAAGUCAUGGAAAUAUAACAAGUCCCUGCCUUCACCAGCAGAGGGCUCCACAGACUGGGGUCAGUGUUGGAUGUUUGCUAGUCAGCAGCCUUGCUCUGACACAGGCAAUCCAAAUGGGCCUAACUUAACAAAUCCUCACAGCCUUCAUCUUUGGAGAAAAAACAAUUUUAGGAACGUGGAAUUCCAUGAGCUUGACUUGAGUCUUCCUGAGGAGUGGCAGUUGUCCUGGAAGAAACCUGACCAGCCCAAUAUGAUAGAUACAUCGUCAGGAAAAGGAGAGAACAUCCCCAAAUAUGGAUUCUCCAUUCUACACCCUAAUGAAGCCUUGUGUUCAUCAGAGUGGAGUGAAUCGUGGAGAUCCACUAAGCCCGCAAAUCAGCAAGGUAAUGUUAAUGGUCCAAAUGACCAACUCAUAAAUGAGUCCAAUGCCAACAUGCAAGAUAACGAUAGUGAGUCUAGCUCCAAAUGGGAAGAAUGUUGGAGGAUUGUCAACCACAAUGGCAACAAGUCCAAAUUGUUUCUACUUCAAAUAUCUGUCAAUGCAGAGUGGGCUAGUUCAUGGAGAGCAGCCAUUGUGGUCUCUAACAACCACAAGAAUUCCGAUCCGUCUCCAAAGCAAGAUCACAGCAACACCAACAACAAAAUUCUACCUGUAUUUUGUGGGCAUAAGAACAUAGAUCAGUACUUGCACCUCUGCAAUGAAUUUAAUGCACUUUCAGAGUGGAGCAAGUCAUGGCAGUUGACCAAAAACAAUUCAAAACCAUGUGAAGAAAUAGAAAAAGUCCUCAAGGCUUUGCCGAAAGAGGGGCCUGUUUUGGAGUCUAAGUGGUUGGAGAAGAACCCUAAGGUGCAUCACUCUGUAUUAGAGAAAGCAGACGCAAGCUAUGAUCAGCUGAAACAUGACGUAAUAUAUCAGCGAAAGGAUUAUUUUAAUCUGUCCAAGCUACUUCUUCUGAAACAACUGGAAAAAAGUGUUCCUUCAUCAGAAUGGCUGGACUCCUGGAAAAUAAUAAAACACAGAAUGAGGCUGGAAAGAAGAAGGAUGAAACCUGACCCUCUGAAGCCUUUUGGAGAGUCAGAGAUGGGAAGAGAGAUGAAGCCCAGCGCCUCAGAGUGGGAAGAUUCUUGGAAAAUGACCUGCACACCCUUGAAUCAGGAUCCCAAUCUGUGGCAGCAGAAUUUGUCAUCAGUGGCCCAAAUUUCCGUAAAUCGGGAAAGACCCCAGAACCUGUUUACCCCUGUAGAAUUACCUAAAAAUGGGCCAACCAAGGAGCAGAGUUGGGGAGAAUCGUGGAUGUUCUCAAGGCAGCAACAUAAUUCCAAACCUGAACAAGGAAAUGCACUGAUGAGCCAAGGAACGCCAAGAUGUGAAAAUUCAUGCACACAGGGUAGGCAAGCCAGGUUGAUUUUGGACUGGCAGGCAUCCUGGAUGGUCUCAGAAACUGAGUUUCAUCAUGACAAACCCUCCCUAACUCAAUGGAGAGGAGCAUGGAGGUGGUCUAUCAACCACACGCAGCAGUGGCCUGGACAAGUAGGUAGAGAGAACUGGAUGGAUGAAUUAAUGGAAAUCUACCCUCUGAAAGGGAAAGGUUCUUUGCAGAGAAGCAAAGCUGGGAUGAACUGGUCUUUUGACAAGGAAAUGUUCAGGGAAAGGUUCCCAGAGACUGAGUGGAGGCCUUCAUGGAGUGCUGGGUCUCUCCUCAACUAUCAGUCAAAUGGAUCUCCAGGGAUAAGUGGGCAAAGCAUUUCCACCACUACUCAGCAGAAACAUGCCAGUGUAAAUGAGCAUGGAUCUGAGUGGGGGAGGUCAUUCAGAUUCGCCAACCCCAUGCCCUACAUGGAGCAUCCCUGGGUGGAGUCCUUACCCAACCCUUGUCACUAUUCAGUCAUGUGGUCAAGAGAAAAGAAAAUACAUGAGAUCAGAACCAACCUUAGCAACAUCCCUAAGCUUUGGGAAAACUCGCAUAAAUUCGUACAACCUGUCAGUACGCAGAUUAAAGACAAGGGCAAAGCUAAGAAUCCCUCUGACCCUAGGGUGAUUAUGUCAGAAAACACCAAAACAAAGAGACAUUUGUUCUCUAACACUGAGGAGAAACAGUCAGCGAAAAAGUGGGCCGGAAGCCACCUCCUGGGUAAAACCCAACCCCAUCCACAGAAAGGCCAUGGUUCUGCGAAGAAGCUUAAUCCUGAGGACACAACGGAAGCAAAGUUCUUUGAAGAGUGGGUAGAAUCUUGGAGGUUCUUGGUCUCUCCUGAUAGUCUGAAAACUCAGAUUCCCUCAAAGUCACUCUCAGGUUGGGCUGAGUCAUGGAAGUUCCUCAUUCCAGCUUACUAGCCUCCGACUGCCACAAAAACCUAAUAGAUGGCAAUGCUCGGUCAACGUUUAGCUUAGCCAAAUCAAGCACACCAAACAUCACGUACUCCUAAGCAUUAAAACUGUGCAUACACAGAUAAUGGCAAAAAAUGAAAUGUGUAUUUUUGAUUACUAGAUUAGACAAAUAUAAACCAACUCCUGUUUAAGAAAGCCCUUUUUAGAUAGCAUGUUUCUUUUUUUCAAAAAACGACACUGUUGGACAUAAGGUUGCAUCGAUUGAUUACAAGACAUUUCUCUGGUCGUCCUGUGUAAGGGUAGAAACUGCCCCACGUUCAGAAUGGAGGUCAAAUGUUAGCAUUUACAUGUACUGCGAUAAGGACAACUGUUCAUGUAUGGAAAAACCAAAAGCAUGAGACAGGACUGUGCAGAGGGGAACUGUAAGUUGGGCUUUGAAUUGUGAUGAUGUUAGGAUUGUUAUGUAGAGAGAAGGUGGCCAGUAAACAUGGAAGUAUAUUGUGUUGGUGAAAGUGGGUGUAAAGAUGGUAUUUUGAUUAAAGGUGUGAAAACGAAA